GGCCGCCUGGCCCACAGCGCAGUCACCCUCCGGAGGGGGCGGCGCUAUGGCGGCUGGGCCCCGCCCCUCGUCAAAUAGGGGCCUCCGCUGCGGGCGGGGCGGGGCGAAGAACGUAGAGUACGCCAGGGGGCGGGGCGUCGGGGGCGGGCGCGAAGGCAAGGAGAGGCGGGGCAGCAGGGCAGGGACGUGGGGACAGGGAAGGUGUUGAGGGGCGAGGACAGGCUGGUGAGGCGCGAAGGAUAGAAGAGGCAAGGGAAUCAGAGGAGGUUUGUAGGUAACAAGAGAGGGGGAAACAGCAGCCAAACGAAAGUGGCUGGAGUGCAGAUGGAGGGAAGGGGACCCCAAAAGUAGGGGCUCUAGAAGUGGGGUGAUGGAAAGGGGAGCAAAAGCCAGACCAAAAUAGCAAUGGGAAACAGGGCAGGUGAGAGGGUAAAAGAGGGGCAGCCUGCAGUUUUUUUGAGAGGGCUCCCCCAACUAAGCAUAUUUGAAGGGACAGUAGAGGGGAGGUAGAGAGGGAAAGGGGACAUUGAGUGGGAGUAGGAAGGAGCUGGUUGAAGGGAAAAGGAAGGCAAAGCAAUGAAACUUGUGGAAAAGAAGAAAACCAAGUGGCUGAAAACGAAAUGCGGCAUGAAAGGCAGCUAUUGAAACCUGAAGUACCUCUGCAAGGUUCACAGUGUCACCCAGAGGGAGCAGUUAUCAGAAUCUUUAAAUGGAACUUCAUUUAUAGGUAUUUUCAACUGCUGGCUGAUUGUGCUGGAGGCGGCUGACUGAAAUAGCAACCUGCUGACUCCAAAAGGAGGAAAACAUUUACAGAAGACACAGAAAUAAACUGAGAGGAUGUCUGUGAUCAGCGCCUUGCCAUUGCUCAAACCUGUUCACUUCAAACCUCUGCGGAACUCUCCCGGGCGCCAGCGUCGACACACUCUUCCUGCCAGUGAGUUUCGAUGCCUCACACCUGAAGAUGCUGUUAGCGUGUUUGAAAUCGAGAGAGAAGCAUUUAUUUCAGUUUCGGGAGAUUGUCCCCUCCACCUGGAUGAGAUUCGUCACUUUCUGAACCUGUGUCCAGAGCUGUCACUUGGCUGGUUUGAAGAAGGGCGACUGGUGGCUUUCAUUAUCGGUUCUCUCUGGGAUCAGGAAAGGCUCAGCCAGGAUGCUCUAACUCUACACAAGCCUCACGGCUCCACAGUCCACAUCCAUGUUUUGGCAGUGCAUCAUACCUUCCGUCAACAAGGCAAAGGGUCCAUCUUGAUGUGGCGCUACCUACAGUACCUGUGCUUCCUGCCAUACGUUCGUCGAGCUACACUGAUGUGUGAAGACUUCCUCAUCCCCUUCUAUGCUAAAUGUGGUUUCAAGGCGUUAGGCCCUUGUGUGGUCACUGUAGGCUCACUGAACUUCAUUGAGAUGCAAUAUGCCGUUCAUGGCCAUGCAUUAAUGCGCAGGAACAGUGGCUGCUGAGGUCAUGCCUUAUUUUCCCAUACUUUCCAGCUUGUGGUAUUGCUGACUGGCAAGCGCUUUUCCAGUGAUACUCAAGUCUUCAAGUGGAACCCCCUGAGGUGUAACGGGGAGCCCUAUUGUUCGGUCUCCGGGUUGUCUCUUAGGCACAACAUGGUACAAGGGCCUUUCACAUCAUUGGCUGGUCAGGAAGCGAGCUCACACAAAAUAAGGGUUGUUGAGUUACCUUUUAUGAAGUGUGGCAACCAGAGCUGAAUUCAUAUUGAUAUGUCAGCAACAGGUAACAUGUUAUAGUCAGCUUCUACCAUCACAGCUGUCAUUUCUAGAAUAAAGCAAAACUCUGUUCUGGCUUUCUUCUUUAAACGCAGUGACAGCCUCAGCCCAGCUUUCUUCUAACCUGAGGCUCAGAUGGCUUUGCUCUGUAUUCUACUGAUGAGGAAACAGUAUUCCCAUAAUCAAUCAUUCAUUCUCUCAAUCAACAUGUGAAGGCACCAAAAUUCUGGCAUGAUGUACAUAUCAAAUUUUUCUCCCAUGAGCUAGAAUACUUGAUUCUGUAGUUGAACAUUUGGUGAUUUUCAGCGUGUCUCCAUUGUAGUAGCAAUAGACAGUCAAAACAUAAAUUAUCUCUUGUUCAUAGCUACCAUCGCUGUCACUACAGCAAAUGUCACACCUUCGUGUUGAAAGGCAAACUUGCAUAUUUCCCUACAAAAUCAGUAUUUGCACAAAUGAGCAAACAGCAGACUGUCAGCGUGGCUUUUCCAGUGACAAUUCUCACCUUCCUAUGAUUAAUAGUAAAGAAAUUGCCUGAGGAGGAACACAGAUUAAUUAGGAUGAUGCAAGGAAACCCUCUCUUCAGGCUGAUUUCUUGUGAUUGUGUGCCUUUUAAACAAACACAAAGCCUCACUUGCUAAAACUGCAUCAAGUGUCCCUCUCAGCUCAAGUGGGUUAGGACUUUCCACAUCAGCUGUCUUUAAAAGAAAUCUACUUUAUAUCACUGAUUUCAGAAGAGAUAUUACACACUUUACUCUGUUCUACCCAAAAAUAAAAAUACGGUUCUGUGUUGUUCAGAGGAGGUGAAAGUGGUAUCUCUGGAAUCCCAUCACAGUGAUUUUAGCUGCAUUCUGCUCUGUGGCCCCUGAGAAUUCUGCCCCACUAAUUGGUUUUUUAAAAAGUUCAGCCCCCCCCCUCCCUAAUUUUUCCUGAAACAUGUUAGUUUUUCAAAAUCCAAAUCUUCCAAUUUUGUCAUUUUUUCCUGGUUCCCUAAGAUGGCUACCACUGUCUUUCAAUACAAAGAAGAUCCAGGGAGUGGCUGUGGGUUGAUUCAACAUUGAUGUUCUGUCUUUUUGUGAGACAAGAUAUAGCAUCAGUUGUGGGGGGUCAGAAAGCUUUCAGCUGAGACAAAGUGUAAACUACAUUGCUCCCCCAUUAUGGGGGAAAGGGAAAGUAACCCAUUAAACUAUCUUGAUCCCCGAAUUAGUGCAUUUAAGGCAAGCUUUGAUGUGAAUUGAUUCUGCCUCGUGGAUGUCAUCUCCCUGGGUGGGGGAGUUGGAACAAUAAUGUUCAUGUACACUGGUUUAUGCCAGGAGUCAGUAUAACCAGUGAGCAACAGAAAAAGAUGCCAUUGUGUCACCCAAAGCAAUAAAAGUAAACUGUAGCCCCUGCUGAAGUACUAGUCACAUACCACUACACCACAAUGCAGUGGUUCAUCUGUUUCACAGAUUGAGCAACCAUAUGACUGGGAGAACCAGCAAAAAGCACAUUGAGGCCGGGCUCCCCAGUACUGUCUCCGAGCACUGGAUUUCAGAGAUUCACUGUCUCUGAGGGAAGAGGUUGCCUUUACUCACCCUGGAUAGUAGCCGUUAAUGGUCCUAUCCCCAUGAAUCUGUCUGACCCCCUUUUAAGAUCAUUUAUGUUCAUGGCCAUUACUACAUCCACUGGCAGUAUAUUCCACAAUUUAAUUGCUCCAUCAGUAAUUUUGUCUCUCCUGACAAAAAGAUCAAGUUAUGUAUAUGAGUAUGUUCAGUAGUGCAAAUGGACUCAUUUGUCAGUUUGGGAUUAGGGGAGGGGGAAGAUAAACAUUGAUCAUUUUAUGGGCAAGCUACCUCAUCCUCCACAGAAAAGGUGCUGAUUUCAUCAACAGCUUCAAAGACUGGGGGGGG